AUCCCAACCGCCGCACCCACCAAAACAGCUUGGACGCUGCAAUCUGGCCCAACAGCUGCACGUUCCAAACACUAACUCUAUCGUACCGUUUGACAGAGCGGGACGAUCACCGAGCGCACCCAAAGCUGGCCGAGGACCGGGACAAAAGCCUCGGAGUCGACCACAGAAAGUAAGCAAGGGCCACAUACCGUGACGAGGCGAAACGAUGCUUAGCAACAGCUACAAUAUUAGCCGAUGACAUCGAAAAUCCUCAUCGCAGCUACCAUCGCUCAACGCCGACGGGCACCUGUUGCUUCUGGAUUUGUCUUGUAGUAGUGCGCCAAAGACACCAACGCCCCAGCUGCCGCAAUUGAACUAUCGUAUACAAGACUUCAAAAAUUAAAAUAGAAGUUGAUGCUGUGCUGGUCCAGUGGAGCAUUAAACGCUCCAAAGGGGAAAUAGUGUGAUUGCCUCCAAUCGGUCCUACUGCUGCCGCCGCUGCUUUGAUCUAUGGGUUAUCGCGUGUCCACUGGUCUGCCCGAAGCGAAAAUAAAAUCAUCGGCACUUGGCACUAGCUAGAGCUAUCUGUCUGAUAGCUUGCAUGGCUCUAAGUGAUCGCCCAGCAUCCUUGGUGUUACUUGACAAAUAUACAAGUACAGCCGACAGGGGUAUUCUACUAGCUAGCUAGUACCAUCGAAAGAUCGGACUGAUCCAUUGGACAAUGCUCAAGAUGCCCGAAGCGACGUUAAGCCCCACGUCGGUGGUGACCACUCCGUCCUCCACUGCCACCAAUGCUGCAAGCUCUUGCCCUGCUUCUGUCGCAAUGGUCCACUCGUCCUCGCAAGUGGCACUGCUCCCCUCUGGAGCUGCCACGGUGACAUCCGACAAGCAAUCAACGGCAAGUACGGCUAUAUUCCCCAAACCUUUCUUUGUGAUGGAUUGGCUGGAAGAGAUCAAUCCAAGAGACCUCGAAUUAGCAAGGCAGAUGCUACAGACACCCACCAAGAAGAAAGGCCGAGUAAUGUCGUCUCCAAUGCUGCAGCAUCAGCCAAAGGCGAGGACUGAAUCCCCUCCGACCAGUAGGAGCGCCAUUAAUCUUCCCACUCUUCGAUAUGAUGAUAAAAGUGCAUGCAGUGUAGACGAUAGCAACAUUUGUCGACAGCUAUAUCCUCCAGAACAGACUCCACCAUCUUCCACUGUGGACACUACUACUUCAACAACCAAAGAAGAGUCUGAGGAGGAGGUGAAGCAGAGUAUCUCGUCCACCAAUGUCACGACAACAACGGAAAGCACAGCCGAUGCGACACCUCAAUCACCACAACAAGCGACAAAUGCCAAGUCGGCCACACCACCGGCCGCAGCAAAGAUGUCACCAUUCCGAAAGCGAAGCAUCGCCAUUGGUAAUGGAUGGAAUGCCAAGGGCUUGCACAAGGCAAAGAAGGGAUCCUGGGAAAAGGCACUCGCUUGCUGGGAGAAUGCUCUGGUGAUUCGAACACAAGUACUCGGGGAGACACACCCGGACGUUGCAAACACUUGCAACAAUAUCGGUAUUGCAUUGGGCAAACUAGGACGAUACGAUUCGGCCAUUGAAAUACUUGAGAAAGCGCUCGAGAUGAGAGCCAAACAUUAUGGUACUAGGGAACAUGUCGAAGUGGCGACGACAUUGCAUAACAUUGGGAAUGUCCUUCACGCGGCUCAAGAUUGGUCCGGAGCUAUUCAAUGCUUCUGGGAUGCCAAGUUGUUACAGGAACAACUGCUGGGGCCCAAUCACAUUCAAGUGGCACGAGCUUGCGUUGCCAUUGCCAACGUGUACAAUGAAGCAUUGCAGUAUCAAGACGCAAUGGAGGCCUACACGGAUGCGUUGCAAAUCUUCCACAAGGCGGGCUUGGGAGAUGAUAAUCCAGAAGUGACUUCGGUACAGCAGGAUCUUUUGGAUGUGGAACGCAGGUUUUCCGCGCACCAGCAGUCCAUGGCUUACAAUAAUUGGCGACAGUAUUACAACCCGGCUGCCAUCAUGGCUCAUGGCAGUCAACAUUACCAACAACAGGGAAGGAACCUACAAGAAUAUAGGUAGAUCUACUGGGACACGCGUGUGCCCUUUGCAGUAGAUAGAAGAAAAAGAUGAAGGAAGUGACAGUUCACUCCUUAUACAAGAAAAGUUACACAUAGAACAACAACCAAACAACCGAUACAGAAACUCAUACACUCCAGAGAGAGAUUCACACUAAACGUUAAAGACUUGCAUUUCAUUACAAUCCUGCACUAGCUAGUCUACUUGUACUGGUGCUUUGUCGUCACGGUCUCCUUGUUGUAGUGGUCCCGGCUGCAUGCUCCCAUUGCAAAUUGGCGGACCCAGGGAUCGGACCCGUCCCCGACCGGAAGGGAGGAGGGACCCGCUCAUGCCGAAAAGCAUCAAUACUGUGGUCAACACUAAGUCUUGGUGGUCUUCUCCCUGAACUGCAAGACCCACCCGGUCAGAGCAACCAAGAUUCCAUGAAUCGUUCAAUGUAUGUAUGCCAAUGCAGCU